UAAGACUGCGGGAAGCGAGAGCAGAACUUCUCUGGACAGUGACUUACUCUUCGCGAUCAGAUAGAUGAUUUGUCUACAAGCUCGCGCGUAUAAUGAAUGCUCAGCUGUCGAUGGAGAAUAUUGGCGAUCUGCACGGAGUGAGCCAUGAAUCGGUCCCUAGUGCGGCGGACCUUAUGACUGGCGACAGCGUCCAUCACAGGAGCGCGGUGAACCAUCGGAGCAGCCUGUCGGCCCACGCGCGUCCAAUGGGCAUGGCAUCAAUCCUGGACAGCGGCGACUAUCAUCAGCACCGGCCACCGGACCAUGGCCUCGCGAGCCACCUGCACCCGGCCAUGAGCAUGGCGUGCGAGGCUCCCCCCGGAAUGAGCAUGAGCACCACCUACACGACCCUGACCCCGCUGCAGCCGUUACCCCCCAUCUCCACCGUCUCUGACAAGUUUCCUCACCACCAUCACCACCACCACCACCACCACCACCCUCAUCCACACCAAAGGAUCCCGGGCAACGUUAGCGGUAGCUUCACUUUGAUGCGGGACGAUAGGGGUCUGGCAUCUAUGAACAACCUCUACGCGCCAUAUCACAAGGAUGUUACGAGCAUGGGACAGAGUCUGUCACCGCUGUCAGGAUCCGGCCUGGGUGGCAUUCACAACUCCCAGCAGGGGCUGCCGCCUUACGCGCACCCAGGGGCCACUAUGCCCGCCGAGAAGAUGCUCACAUCAAACGGAUUUGAGGCACACCACCCCGCGAUGCUGGCCCGACACGGGGAGCAGCACAUGAGCGCCUCGUCGGCAGGAAUGGUGCAAAUCAACGGGAUUCACCAUCACCCUCACGCCCAUCUUAAUGCACAGGGCCACGGGCAGGUGCUCGGCUCUGCCCGGGAACAAAACCAUUCCUCCGUGCCUGGAUCGCAGGUCAACGCAGGGAGCAAUUCAGGACAAAUGGAAGAAGUCAAUACCAAAGAAGUGGCGCAAAGGAUCACGACGGAGCUAAAGAGAUACAGCAUCCCCCAGGCUAUCUUCGCGCAGAGAGUGCUGUGUCGCUCGCAAGGCACCCUGUCAGACCUGCUCCGGAACCCUAAGCCGUGGAGCAAGCUGAAGUCGGGGCGCGAGACCUUCCGGAGAAUGUGGAAGUGGCUGCAAGAGCCUGAGUUUCAGAGGAUGUCCGCGCUCCGCCUCGCAGCAUGCAAACGGAAGGAGCAGGAACACGGGAAAGGUGAGCGCGGGGGCGUGUCAAAGAAGCCCCGGCUGGUUUUCACCGAUGUCCAGCGCCGGACUUUACAUGCAAUAUUCAAGGAGAAUAAGCGUCCGUCCAAAGAGUUACAAAUCACGAUCUCUCAGCAGCUGGGCCUGGAGAUCGCCACUGUCAGCAACUUCUUCAUGAACGCAAGGCGCCGCAGCCUGGAUAAGUGGCUGGACGACGGCGGCUCCAGUUCGGCCAACCCCCCCUCAUCCAGCACUUGUACCAAAGCGUGA